AUGAGACUUUCGAAGUCGUUUCUGAGUCCGAGUUUGCGGUUGUUUCGACGGAACAGCCAUGUAUCGGCCAAAGAGGCGGAUCUUCUACAGAGACGCCUCCAUGACAUACCUUUAGAGAACUACAGGAACUUCUCGAUUGUGGCCCACGUAGAUCACGGUAAAUCCACAUUAAGCGAUCGGCUACUGGAGUUCACGGGAGUUAUCAAGUCAGGAGAUUCUAACAAACAGGUUUUGGACAAGCUCGAGGUGGAACGAGAGCGUGGCAUCACCAUCAAAGCACAAACAUGUACAAUGUUCUAUCAUGACAAGCGAGAUCAACAGGACUACUUGCUGCAUUUGGUAGAUACUCCUGGUCAUGUGGACUUCCGGGCAGAAGUUUCGAGAUCGUAUGCGUCUUGUGGUGGGGCCCUGCUGCUUGUGGACGCGUCACAGGGCGUGCAGGCGCAGACGGUAGCGAAUUUCUACCUGGCAUACAGUAUGAAUUUGAAGUUGAUACCAGUGAUAAACAAGAUAGACCUGGACAGUGCGAAUAUUCCACAGGCAGAAGCACAGAUAGAAAGCACUUUUGAACUCCCGCGCGAAGAAAUAGUACGUGUGAGUGCUAAAACGGGCGUAAAUGUGAAAGAGGACCUCCUACCUGCGAUCAUCGACCGAAUUCCUCCCCCAACAGGCAAGGAGGAUAAGUUCUUUCGUGCUCUUCUUGUAGAUUCGUGGUAUGAUUCGUACCUGGGAGUUGUGCUGCUGGUUAAUAUCGUGGAUGGACGUGUCAGAAAAGGCGAUAAGGUAACAAGUGCACAGACUGGCAAUAAGUACGAAGUAAAAGAACUAGGGAUUAUGUAUCCCGAUAAAGUGCCUAUGGAUAUGCUUAAGGCCGGGCAGGUUGGCUAUCUUGUACCAGGCAUGAAAGUCUCCAAAGAUGCUAAAAUUGGCGACACAUUUAUGCACUCUGGGAAGGAAAAUGUCACCGAAGUUUUAGAUGGCUUUGAAGAUCCUAAGCCAAUGGUAUUUGUAGGGGCAUUUCCCGCAGAUGGUUCGGACUUCAAAAGUUUGGACGAUGACAUCACACGGCUGGUGUUGAAUGAUAGAUCUGUCUCUUUACAGCGUGAAUCAUCGAAUGCUUUAGGACAGGGAUGGAGACUAGGAUUUCUAGGCUCACUGCAUGCCUCAGUAUUCAAAGAUCGACUGGAGAAGGAGUAUGGGUCUAAAUUGAUCAUCACCCAGCCCACCGUCCCGUACGUCAUCAAAUACACAAAUGGUGAAGAAAAGAUCAUCACUAACCCUGACGGCUUUCCAGAUCUGUCGCUGAGAAAAACCAAAAUUCAUUCCCUACAAGAACCUUAUGUCGAAGCGAUCAUCACGCUGCCACAGGAGUAUCUCGGACCAGUGAUAAAACUGUGCGACAACAAUCGCGGAAUUCAAACAGAGAUUACAUAUCUGAAUGUUACUGGUCAGGUCUUGCUAAAAUAUGAAAUGCCCUUGGCACACCUUGUAGACGACUUUUUCGGGAAACUGAAAUCAGUAUCGCGAGGCUAUGGAUCCCUAGACUACGAAGACAUUGGAUACAAACCUUCCGAUAUUGUUAAGUUAGAACUGGUUUUGAAUGGCAAAAGUGUUGAUGCGUUGGCUCAGGUAAUGCAUAGAUCACAGGUUGAUAAGGUUGGCCGCGAAUGGGCUAAGAAAUUCAAAGAGUACGUCAAGUCACAACUAUACGAAGUAAUCAUUCAAGCCAAGGCCAAUAACAAAGUUAUCGCCCGUGAAACCAUAAAAGCACGGAGAAAGGAUGUUUUGGCAAAACUACACGCUUCUGAUGUUUCUCGAAGAAAGAAGUUGCUGGUUAGGCAAAAGGAAGGGAAAAAACAGAUGAAGACUGUUGGAAACAUCCAAAUUAAUCAAGAAGCGUAUCAGGCAUUUUUGAAGAGAUAG